AUUAGAGGAAAAUAAUCAAAACAAAGAGGUUUUCUUAAAAGUAAAUUUAAAAUUGCUGCAUAAAUAAAAGCAAUCCGCGAGAAUUCUCUUGGCAUGAGUUACGAGGAACGGAAAAAGGCUCUUUUUGCAAGUUUGGAAUCAGCAGAGCAGGAAAUUUCCGCUGAUUCGAGCUUGCAUCAACAGGAAUAUAGUCGUGAUCGAGGAGGAUUGGAUCACGAUGAUAGUGCUAACCGGCGAGAUCAACGUCCAGCGCAUAAGUCAAUUCGAAAGUUUCGCGGUCGAGAGAGCAUCUUCAAACGACCGGCACUUCCGAUAAACAAAUGUUUACCCGCGUCGCGAAUUCCAGAUUUCAAAAAAAACCCUCACAAAUGGACCAAAUAUUCACUGGAGGAUGUGGAUAUUAGUGAUCGAAGUAAUACUGCAGCUGCGUUAAGUUUCCUAAGAGAUAUGGAAUCACAGAAGCAAGAUGACGCACUGAUGGCUGAAGAGACAGUUGGGGAAGGAUCCACCAGCUUUCGUGGAAAAGUUAGAUUUAAUCGCUCUUUAAAGCUUAAAUCUCAGCUAGAGGAAGAAGAAGAUCCUUCAACGACGGAAGAGAACAGGCCAAAAGUAAAAGGGACAAAGGUACUCAUGCCGGAGUACGUCGUGGGUCUUAAGAUGAAGAAGGCUAAAACAGCCAAACUGGGAUCUGCUUCAUCAAAGAGAGACCACAGCAAGGAGUUGAAGUUAGAUCAUUUGUUAGACGAGGAUGGCGACGUCGUAGAUUGAAGGAGCAGUUAAGAGAGUAAACAUUUUAAUAUAAACAUAAGAUACAUUUAUCCACUCUAUUACUUGCAUAGUGAAAAUGUUAAUAAAUAACAGCAGAUAGGAGCUAAAGCUGGAUUACUGGCAAGUGGUAUCAA